AUGCAUGUGGUUGGUUCUUUCGUUCGCAUCUUUCUCCUCAUCUCCUGGAGAUUCUUCCUUUGUUCAAGCGAUAUUUACGACCAAUUCCCACUCUCCAGACGCUGUCUCGGGAUGACAGUUCACAGCCAGUCUCUUGGAAGCUCCAUGAUCGACAUGUUGAUGUAUAUGGACCCUCGCGACCCCACAACUACACUUGGAGAUACCUUCACCUCUGUCCACGACGUCCACAAUGGAGACAACUGGGAAGAUGAUUUGAUCGACGUCAGCCCGCUGAAAGCCAUCCGGCUUCGGAGUCAGUCGUCUCGCCUUCAGCGCGCCAUACGAGGUCCCUCACCCCCACCGUGCGGUGACACCCCAAGAGUUAGUGAUAUCAAGAGGCGAUUUCGCCCAAUUCGAUAUCACGUGCCGAGGUUGAGCGUUCUUUAA